UUUCCCAGUCACUCCUCAAAACUCUCGCAAGUCGCAACAAUGGAAGAAAAUCAAGACCCAAAACCCAACACUCCCCACUACGACCUGAUCAUUCUGGGAGCCUCAGGCUUCACAGGCAAGUACGUAGUCAAAGAAGCCCUCAGGUUCCUCUCCCACCCACCUCUCAGAACCAUAGCCCUGGCCGGGCGCAACCCUACCAAACUCACCCACACCCUCCAAUGGGCCUCGCACCCCAAUUCCCCACCACCCAUUCCCAUCCUCACCUUCGACACCUCCGACCCACGAUCCCUCCUCUCGCUCUGCGCGCAGACCAGCCUCGUACUCAACUGCGUCGGGCCCUUCCGCCUCUACGGCGAGCCCGUCGUCGCCGCGUGCGUCGAGACUGGCUGCGAUUACUUGGACAUUUGCGGGGAGCCCGAGUUCAUGGAGAGGAUGGAGGCUAAGUACGGCGAGAAGGCGGCCGAGACGGGGUCUUUGAUCGUUUCGGCAUGUGGGUUCGACUCGGUUCCGGCUGAACUGGGCUUGAUGUUCAAUUCGAGGCAGUGGGUGACGCGGGCAGUGCCGAACCGGGUCGAGGCGUACCUGAGCUUGGAGUCGGAGAGGAGGAUGGUUGGGAAUUUGGGGACGUUCGAGUCGGCGGUUCUGGGCGUGGCCAAUGCGGAUAGUUUGCAGGCCCUGAGGCGGUCGAGGCCGAGACGAGCUAGGCCGGCGGUACCUGGUCCCGCACCUCCCAAAGGACCUCUUAUAGAGCACCAGAAAAAGAUUGGGCUCUGGGCGGUAAAACUACCUUCAGCAGAUUCUAUUGUCGUUCGAAGAACACUUGCAACUCUAACAGAAAACCCCCACGGACUUCCAGGUGUUAAUGAGGGUGUUGAACAGAUUGAAAAGAGGAAGGCCUUCUGGUCAACUGUGAAGCCAGCUCAUUUUGGGGUGAAGAUAGGCUCCAAAUCUUUGUUGGGUGUCUUCCGAUUCAUCACUGUUGGGAUGUUUAUUGGGCUUCUGGGUAAAACUGGUUUUGGGAGGUGGCUUCUCUUAACAUUUCCCUCAUUUUUCAGCGUUGGAUGGUUCAGGAAGAAGGGCCCCUCUGAGGAUGAGGUUAGAAGUGCUUCAUUUAAGAUGUGGUUUGUUGGGCAUGGUUUUAGCAACAGCAGUCUCGUUUCACAGGGAAACAUGAAACCUGAUAUGGAAAUAAUAACAAGAGUAAUGGGACCUGAGAUCGGCUAUCUGACCACCCCAAUAAUCCUGCUUCAGUGUGCUCUUAUUGUUCUAAGCCAACGACACAACCUACCAAAGGGAGGAGUUUUACCUCCGGGGAUUGUAUUUGGCCCAACCGAUCUCCAAGAACGGCUUCAAGAGAAUGGAAUAUCUUUUGAUGUCAUUUCAAAGGGUGCUCUUUCUUCUUGACCGGUGAAGUCUUCGUAACAAGACAUGGAGCUUUUCUCAUACAUACGCUAGCCCGUAAAAUAAAUCGAAAAUUAUGCUCACCUUUCUCCUUUUGUUUAUUAUGAUUAUAGGUUUGGAUGAAAUCAUGGCUCGUUUGUAUCUUCAUUGUUUUAGGACAAUAAUGUUUGAAAGAUAAAAAUAAUAUAAUAUCUAAUUGAAAAAAUAAAAAUGAAA